UUCCAAAACAAAGUUCAUGACCAAUCGUUUUGACAUGAGAGUCUGUUACUGUUAAAUAAAAACAGGAAAAUUAAAGGGAUAAAGAAACAUGAUUUCUGGUGAUCAAAAGUUAUAUCUAUCUCUUAGUAAUAGACACACACUUGAACGGUCAUUUAGGAAACUUCCUGCACUUCUUUAUCUCCGGGUUAACUUAAUCUUGCAGGGUAAAUGACUAUCUUUGGGAUAAACACUGAAUCUUCUAAUAUGGUCAAUACAUUGACAGAUUUAAAAUUGUACUUAUUAACAUGGAAUGUGGUUGGACGGCCACCGAUAGAAGAUUUAAGAGAGGCUCUUGGUUUAGCAGAGCCUGUAGAUAUUUCUCACAUUCCAGAUUUUUAUGGACUAGCUCUUCAGGAAGUUAGUUGUAAACCUCAAGAUCUUCUUGCUGAAAUGAUUAUAGAAGAUCCUUGGGUUGUUGCUUUUCGAGAUAUUUUACAGAAAUGGGGUUAUGUAAAAUUAAAACAAAUCCGACUUCAAGGCAUGUCAUUAUAUCUCUUCAGCAAACGAGAACAUAUUACAUACAUAAGAGGAUUGCAGACCAGUUAUACUAGGACAGGCUUAGGAGGAAUGUGGGGCAAUAAAGGAGGAGUUACUAUAAGAUUUAAUGCCUAUGGUUGCUCUGUUUGUAUAGUGAAUUGUCACCUUGCUGCUCAUGAUUCUGAAUUACAACAGAGAAUUGAUGAUUAUAAUUCCAUUCUGGAUCAUCAAAAAUUUGUGGAUCCUCAAACAGAAAACAUAAUUACUCAUGAUUACACUUUUUGGUUUGGAGAUUUAAACUUUCGUUUAGAUGAGUUUACGGCUGAAGAAAUAGUGCAUUUAGUUGAAAAGAAAAAUUAUCCUCAGCUGUUGUUAAAGGACCAGCUUCGUAAAGUCAUAAAGCUUGGCCAAGCUUUUUCUGAGUUUACAGAGAGCCCUCCUAUGUUUCCUCCAACCUAUAAAUAUAACAUUGGCAGAAGUGAAUAUGAUAUAUCAAAAAGAAAACCAGCUUGGACUGAUAGAGUUUUAUUUAGGUUUACUCCAAAUGCAUAUGAAAAUGUGACACUAAGUUUAAAGCAAUUACAUUAUGGAUGUCAUGAAAAGUAUGAACAAAGUGACCAUAAACCUGUUACUUCCAGUUUUUUGUUGAAGGUAUUUUCACAUCCUAAAGAAAAAAGAGUAUUCUUUCUUCCUAUUAAGGAUUGGAGAGUGAAUUCAGAUAGUGCAGCUUGGUACACAUUUAGUGAAGGAGCUGAACCUAGCACUUGGGAUUGGAUUGGACUUUUCAGGGCCGAUUAUACAAGCACAGAUGAACAUGUGUGCUAUAUAUGGGCACCUGUUCGACCAUCCAGCAGUACACCAGUUCUUCCUGCAGAUUCAUGCAUCCCAGAGGAACAGAAUGAUUCUCAGGCUAGCUCAUGCCCAGCAACUUCAUUGCGUCAGCAUCAAGGCCCGUGGUACAGAGUUGUUUUUGCAGACCAAACUUUGCUAAUUCCUGGACGUUACCGGCUCUUUUACAUUAGCUCUGAAUUCGAUGACAUUUUAGGUGUGAGUGAGCCAUUUGAAUAUAUUCCCUCGCAUGGUGAUGUUGCAAUUGGUGGUGGUCUAUUCAGUGAUGUGCCUCUGCUGGCGUCUCUGGCUGUUGUCAUAUUUGCAAUGAUUAUGCUUCUCCUCAGAUGUUGACAUGUUUAGUUUCAUGAAUCACACAGAUACACGAGCAAAUCUGAGAAGAUGCAUUUGAAAAGGAAGAAAGGAGUUUCAUUUGAACUUUGUUGGAUCAUCAUUUUAUCAAAAUGGACCAAGUGGAAUUUAAUUUUGUAUAUUAUUAAAAACUUAUAUUUUUUUUAUUGAUAUAUUUUAGACGGUGUAAGGUAUGACUUUGAAUUUGUUAUGCAGUAUUAAUGAUUAAAAGUAAAGUAUAAAUUAUAUUGUUAUACAUUUUUUUAAAUUCUGAGGACUGUUUUUUUUUCUUUCUUUUUAAUAUGCAACCAUUAGGCUUGAAAGUAUAAAUUAUGUUCAUUUUUUAAAAAUUCAGUUUUACUUUUUUUCACAAAUUUUUCAUUUGGCAUUUUUUCCUUUAUAUAAUUUUCCCCCCAUUUAAAUAACCAUAAAAAAAGGUUCCGAUUUAAAACAUUCAUAUUGAUUUUAAAAAUGAAUACAAUAAAUUAUUGACUUCUGAUAUAUGUGGCAUGAUACUUUUUGAGUCUUUUUUAUUGUUGAACUUAAUUGAUCAAAAUUUUAAAAAUAGAGCAGCAAUAAAAACUGUACCAAAUGAAUUUUCUCUAAAAACAUAUUUUUAAAAUAUAUUUGUGGUUGGCAUCAUUUUUUUGGAAGGGCAAUUUUUUAUAAAUCUUUUUUUUGGAAAAAUUGAAAACUAGAUGAAGCUCUCAAAUAAGUAAUUUCGAAUUAUUAUUAUGGUAGCAUAUCAAAUAAUUGAAAUAUUUCUCAUAAACUGAUUCUUUGAUUAUAAUAACCAAUCAGUCAGGUAAUUCUUUUUAAUGAUACCUAAUGUUUCAGAAUUUCAAAUGUAUUUAAAUUGUUUAAAUGUCAUUUGAAAUAUGCCAUAUUCUUUUAGUUAAUGGCUUGUAUUGUCUCAAUGAAAUAAAUUUUUAUUAGCUUAUUUUAAUUAAAAAUUUUAAAAAUGCAUCUUUUUGAAUAGUUCAAUUGAUCAUAAAAUAUGUGUGAC